AGCUGUUACCAGGGCCAUGUCAAGUCAACCAUUAUCCAACAAUGCAAUCGAUGUUACCAAUCUCAGUUUUGACUUUGGUGGGCCAUUGAUUCUCAAGGACAUUGAUCUGCACCUUUCUAAAGGCACUCGUACCUUGCUCGUAGGUGCCAACGGAGCAGGAAAAAGCACUUUGCUUCGUCUUUUGGCAGGCAAGAACCUUACCAGGGGAGAUGUACGAGUCCUUGGCCGUCGUGCAUUUGAUGAAGGGUCUGUGGGAGUUACUUAUUUAGGUACUGAAUGGGCACAUAACCCAGUUGUGAGACGAGAUGUGCCAGUCUCAAGGCUUCUCAAAUCGCUUGGUGCAGAGCGACAUCAGGCUAGGUGUGCAGAGUUACUGGAUAUUUUAGAUGUGGAUCCCAACUGGCAUAUGCAUCAAGUAUCGGAUGGUCAGCGUCGUCGAGUUCAAAUCGUUCUAGGCCUUCUUGAGCCGUGGGAAGUUCUUCUUCUUGACGAGGUUACUGUAGAUCUGGAUGUUCUUGUUCGCACUGACUUGCUCAACUUUCUCAAACGGGAAACAGUUCAACGCAAUGCGAGCAUUCUUUAUGCAACACAUAUCUUUGAUGGAUUGGGUGGUUGGCCCACUCAUAUUGCUCACGUUGUGGCAGGUGAGAUUGAUCUAGUACGAGACCUCUCGCAAGGUUUUCCGGAACUUGACGAAGCCAUCCACGAUCGUCAAGUAUCAGCAGCAGCUACAGGAAACGCCGAAAGUGUAGCCGAGUCAUUGGUAUACAAUUCUCCACUUUUGUUGGUUGUUGAGCGUUGGUUGCGAGAAGACAACAAAAAACUGAUGAAAGCCGGUGUGACGAAUGCUGAAGGCAAGCUCAUGACUAAAUGGGAUAUUUUAAGCGAAAACAUGAAAGAAUAUGGUGAUAAAUAUUACAACUAUUGGCGCAAAGACGAAUGAUAUUGCUGUUUAUUGAUUUCAAGUGCUUCGAUUACAACCAUACGUAAAAUGGUACACUUUGUAUUUAUCUUGCAGUCACUAUUUUACUCUGGAAUAAACAUGCUCAAGUAUUCGCUGCGCUUUUCUAUUGCAGAUUGAC